AAGGCGGCGCUAGGAGCAUCCCAUCCAGUGAGGAGAAAGCGGCGUUUGACAGAGGGCGUGGCCUCGCGCGACGGCUCUGUCCCUUCUCCCACUGGCGAGCGCGAGAGAUGUACCCGGGCGGUGGACGCGGCGUGGUGGCGCGCGAGGGUGCUGGAGAGAGGCGACCGACAGAGGAAGGAAGGGGCAAGUGGGUGUCUCGGGAUGAACGGGGCGGCCCGGGCGCUCUUCGGCAGCAAGGAGCGCGUCCUGCUGCUGGGCGAGAGUUUCGAGAAGCAGCCGCGCUGCGCCUUCCACACCGUGCGCUAUGACUUCAAACCUGCAUCAAUUGAUACAUCUUGUGAAGGAGACCUUGAAGUUGGUAAAGGUGAACAGGUGACAGUAAUGUUGCCAAAUAUUGAGGGUUCUACUCCACCAGUAACUGUUUUCAAGGGUUCCAAGAAGCCAUAUCAAAAAGAAUGCAUCUUAAUAAUUAACCAUGACACUGGAGAAUGUAGACUAGAGAAACUUAGUAGCAAUAUCACUGUGAAGAAAACCAGAGGUGAAGGAAGCAGCAAGGUGCAGUCUCGUAUUGAGCAGCAGCAGCAGCAAAUGAAACAUGCGAAUAAGAUGCCAAACAACAACAAAUCUUCUCCACCAAAAGAAAAAUUGUCUCCACCUUCUCCCAUGGAUGAUAUUGAAAGAGAGCUAAAAGCAGAAGCUGAAGCUAUAGAGCAAAUGAGUAGCUCUGACAGUUCAUCGGAAUCGAAGGGUUCAUCCUCUUCAUCGAGUAGUGAAAAUAGUUCUAGUGAUUCCGAAGAAGCAGCAGCAGCAGCAAAGCUACCUCUUCCCUUGUCGAUGCCACCCCUACAGCCACAGCUUCCUGUGAGGACAGUGUCACAACAGGCCUUCCCAGAUGUGGACACGGGAUAUCACAGAAGUCAAGAAAGCAGGGGCCGUUUGAUGAAUACACUGAGAAAUGAUCUCCAGUUGAGUGACUCUGAAAGUGACAGCGACGAUUGAAGACGGUUUGACGUUUUAAAGAUGCAUUAUUUCCCUUGUUGAAGAUGAAAAGACGUUUGUUUUGCACUAAGAUAAAAGUAAUAAAAUUGAAAGCAUCUUAUCAGCUUUGAUAAUGAAGUUGACUUAAUUUUUCUGACAUGAAGAUCAGCAUUCCUUCUGCCAUAACUUUAUAUGGCUUUUCUAAAUGUCUGGAUGUUGGGUAUUUUAGCCAGAUCCAGAGUAGCUUCUACUACCUCCUUUACUUAAAAGUUAAAACAGUUAACUAUUCUGUGUAACUUAAAUGUGGAGGAAAUACUUGUUUAUAAUAUACAUAUUUUGGAUAAAACUUUUACUUGAGAACCUUGGCAUACAUAUGUAUAAGUAAAAGAAAGCAAGUAGUUAAUAUCUGUUACAUUUUUAUACUUGGGAACUAAUGGUAUGAAAGUACUUGCUAAUCAACAAUAUGGCACUAUCCAAUUUUGUGUAACUAUUGAGCAAAAAUCAGCACAAUCUGAAUUUCCAGAUCUUUUCUAGCCAGUAGUUCUACUUAUAUGGGUGUUACUAAAUUUUUUGGUUUUGGUAAUAAAUUUGAAUCAGUUAAUAACUUUAGCAUCUUGGUAACUAAAGGUGUAUCAUUACAUAACAUAAAUGUCCUCUUAAAAUUCUGUUAAGAUCAAUGAAUUGCUUUUGAUUGGCUCAGAAACAAUAAAAAUAUUUAUCAUUUCCUUGAUAA